AUGUCAGAAGAAAAUAUGGAUCAUCUAUUGGAGCUGACAAAGCAGCAGAAGGAUUUUGCCGCGACUUACUUAAAUGAGUUUGAUGUGGAACGCGAUAAGUGCAUAGAGCAAGUUCUGAAUUGGGUGAAAAGUAACGAUGAUCGGCAUACAAGGACAGAUAAAUUUUUUAUCGUACGGUUUUUGCGUAGCUGCAAAUUUGACGUUGACAAAGCGAAGCUCAAAUUAAGAAAGUAUCACGAGCAGAGAGCAGUGUCACCCGAAUGGUUUACCAACAGGGAUCCGUUUUUUCCAGAAUUGCAGGAGCUCCUUGAUCUUGGCAUUUUUCUGCCCUUACGACAAGUCGACGAAGAGGGUAGAUUGAUCGUUAUUGUACGAGCUUGCGUACACGAUCCCAAAAAACAUAAACUGUCGGAUUUCUUGAAGGUCAGUAUGAUGCUGUUGGAUUUGGCCGUACGUGACCAUGUAAGCUCAUCGCUAUAUGGUAUCGUUGCGAUACACGACAUGACAGGUGUUCAGCUUGGACAUGCUCUACAGAUAACUCCAACGAUAAUUAGUCGGCUUGUCGAUCUCUGGCAAAGUUAUCCCAUUCGGAUUCGCUCCAUCGACUAUGUAAACGCUCCGACUCACGUCAAUUUAGUUUUGAACAUGUUUAAGCAGUUUAUGAGUAAGAAGCUCAAGGAACGCAUGCACGUACAUCAGGGGGAUGGUCGUAUGAUAAUAAAGAAGAUUUCAAUGGGUGUACUGCCCUAUGAACUUGGUGGUACUGAGGAAAAUUAUGAGUUAUUGACAAGAUACUGGAAGAAACUGGCUGAAGAUAACCAGCAAUGGUUUUUUGAAGACGAAAAGUACAAAAUGAAGAUUUGA